ACUAGUGACGAGCUAUGUUCGCUCAGGCCUGCUACGCUGUUCAAGCCUAUUCAGUCCUGUUUUACUCUCUGUUACACAAAAGGAAUAUACAUUGAUGUUGUCCUUCUCAGGUUGAUGAUCGAGAGAAUCAAUCGACUGCCCUGAGAGGACCAGAACAUAAACAACUAAGAUCGAUGUCUCGUGAGGUUUUACCAUCUAUGCACUUAGGACCGCCACGUUCUUAAUCACAAAUAGUGCGAGAAACGAAUUGCAGCAAAUUACGGAAACUGCUAUUUGAGAUGCUUAUUUCUGCUAUUUUACUUUCCUCAAAAUAGAAACUGGAUUUAUGUUCUUAAAGCUUUCCCAAUCGCGUGUAUAGGCGAUAUCAGCGAUCGAAAUUAAUUUACAGAGACAAAAAAAUAUUCACAGAUUGAAACCAACGAGAGGAGGAAUUUUACUUAAUUUAAGUUUCAUGGAAGCACAUUCAAUGAAAUUGAUUUGCGUUAUGUGUGUUUUUAUAUCCUGUAUUUCACUUUAAAUAAUUACAUAAGCUAAAUUAAUACAUCCUGCACUUCACUCUACGUAAUUGCAUAAGCUAAAUUAAGACAUAAGAGCUAAGGAACCAGGUCAAUGUAACAUCCGAAAUCCUAGGUUGGUGUAAGAAUGUUUCCUUAAUUGGAAGCGACAUUUAAGAGCAAAUAUAAGACGGCAAGGAAGUGCGCGAGGAAGUGUACAAGUAUAUACACCACAUGUAAGAGGUCGCCACGUUAAAUGAUAACUCAGCAAGUUUUCCUAAUUUCUGCAAAAAAUGCGUGCACAAAUAGCUAUGCUUUCUUUCAAAGCUGAUAACAAGUGAUAGGAUCAUCUGUCUUACUCGAUAAACAUCUAAUAAUGUGUUUAUUAACAGUCUUUAAAACAGAGUUUUGUGGUAAUUAGUUUAUUGGAAAAAAUAGUUGAAAAUCCAUGAUUUUCUCAUGAUUUAUGCAUCAUUUGCAGAUAAUUUUUGUGUUCAUGUUUCCUACAAAACCUGGCAUGUUUUUGGAAGCGAUGGGCUUUGCGUGCAGUAAGAAAUGAGAACGUUGUUUAAUCGAUAGAAUUACUGGAAAACUGUAUUCCCUCAAAGUGUUGACAGAGCGAUUGCCAGCCACCGUUUCUGGAUGAGAUUGGGACAUUGCAAAACACCGCUUCAAAAUUGUUGUAUUACAAAUGGUGAUCUUGGAGUGCUCUGGGGACUUACUGGACAAACAAGGAUGUUUCAUUGGGUAACCUUUUAUGGAUAACCCGCCGAGACAUUGCCUUUCUGCGUUCUUAAACAAAGUAUUCAACUGAAGAUCAUCGGCAAUAUUCUAUCUGAAAAGAAACAACAAUUUUAGCUAAAGUAAUAUACAAAUAAAGUGUUUAUUACUGGACUAGCCGCUUUGAGCAGCAAUAUAAUGUUAAGGAAAAUAAAGUGAUCCCUUGACGCGCAUACUGGAAAAUAAACGAACAUGUGCAACAACAUAAGGAAUCUUAACCGUUUUAGCAAAUUAUGCUCUUAAGAAGCAUUUAAAGAAGACAAAUGAACUUGUACAAGAAGAGCAUUUUGCUACAAUGCGAUGUUAUAUAUCAUUCUCUAUAAACUGUGAUAAAAGAGUAAUAUAAAUGGUGAUAUAUGGUGCUACACAAUGAGAGGAAAUAAUUUGCUCAAGUGGAUUAAAUGUGCUUUCCUGGCGUUAAUGCUCUGUCUGCGGAAUUCCUUCAGUCUUGAUAACAUGGACUACCUGAGGAAGUACGGCUACCUAGAGUCCUCAGACGGGCGAUCGGGCAGCCUUAUCUCCGAGGACUACUUCCGGCAGGCGGUAUCAAAGUUCCAGAAGCUGGCCGGACUUCCUGUUACUGGUGAGCUUGACGUCGAAACUCGGUGGACGAUGCAACUGCCUCGGUGUGGGGUCAAGGACGCUCAAGGCACCGGAAACAGGGCUAGACGGAAACGUUACGCCCUGCAUGGCAGCAAGUGGCGGAAGCGUGAGAUCGCGUACCGGAUAUCGCAGUACUCCCGCAAAGUGCCCGUGGACGCUGUACAGGUGGAGCUGCAGAGGGCGUUCGAUUUAUGGUCAGAGGUAAUUCCUAUCAAAUUUAUCAGGAAGGACUACGGGCCGGUUGACAUCGAGAUCAAGUUUGUAAAUGGUCACCAUGGCGACAACACGCCGUUUGACGGAAGUGGCCAAACGCUCGCGCAUGCAUACUUUCCGCAAUACGGAAGUGACGCUCAUUUUGACGACGACGAAAAAUGGACUAUUAACAUUGCUGAUGGCGUCAACCUUUACCAGGUAGCGGCGCACGAGUUCGGCCACUCGCUGGGACUAGCGCACUCGGAUGUCCGGAGCGCCCUAAUGGCGCCUUUUUACCGCGGCUAUGACCUCCACUUCCGCCUCGACCAGGAUGACAUUAUGGCUGUACAGGAACUGUAUGGUACCAAAGAAAGUAUUCAUACCACUACUACACGUGCCCCAGUGUUUUGGACCACAAAAGCAGCUGACGUCACUAUUCUCGAUAUAUGCAGGAACGCGACAAUUGACGCGAUAACAAGAACUGAUGACGGCAUCACAUAUGUGUUCAAAGGAGAGUAUUAUUACCGGUUGAGUAACCAGGGGAUCGACACGGGGUAUCCACGAAAGAUUGAGUGGGAUUGGGGCGCCAUACAGGGACCAAUAGACUCCGCCCUCACCUGGCCUAAUGGAUGGACAUUCAUUUUUAAAGGAUCGUACUACUGGAAAUUCCACAACCUGAGCCUCAAGUACGGCCCCAAGAACAUCUCGGAGGGCUUCGACGGUAUCCCCGCCCAUAUCGACACUGCCUUUGUUUGGAGCGGCAACGGGAAGACAUAUUUCGUCAAGGGCAAUAAAUACUGGCGUUACUAUGGCAACAAAAUAGAUUACGGCUACCCGAGGGACCUGCAAAUUUGGCGCGGUUUGCCGAGUAAUAUAGACGCAGCUUUCCAGUGGAAGAAAGGCCGGACGUAUUUUUUCUCCGGGGACAAAUAUUACCGAUAUAACGAUCAAAUAUUCAAUGUGGAUGCGGGCGGGUAUCCCAGAGAUAUUUCCACCUGGUGGCUUGGUUGCCCGGACAAAUCUCAAAUAGUAGCCUACGAUCGUCAAAAAUCUAUGCAAGCUAAUAACAGAAGACAUGGUCUCACAUAUAACAGUGAAAGUGCUGAUUCAGAAGAGCAGUGGAUAACUGUAGACUCGGGAGUAACAUUACACAGUGGGGCCAGGGGCGACGGUGAUAUUCAAGUCGACCAGGACGUUCAUAGUGGUGCAAACAACCAUUUUGUGUGCGAGAACGUUGUAGUAUUUGUUAAUGUAUAUUUAGUUUUUCGUUUGUGUAUAUCUUAGAGUGAUAGUUUAUUCAUUUUCACGUGUGUAUUUAUGCAUUCUUGUGACUACUUUGGUCACCCAUAGUAAACGAGGGGGCGUAAUCAAUUAACAUCCUAGACGGAUGUUAAUCUAAGAAAAUACUGAAGGCGUUAUUUCACUAAUGUAAGGCCCCAAUUUCUCGAAACUUCUUAAGCUUUAUAGGCUUAAGUCGCUUAUUUCAAUUAGCCAAAAUGCAUACUGAAAAUGGAUUUUGAUAAAUGAAAAAUGGUUUAUUCUGAAAAUCAUACAGAUAAUUCCUACACAAUUUCUAAAAAAUAUUGAAGAAGUAAAUAUAACACAUUUUAUAGAACAACAAAAAUAGUGAGAAAAGCUUAAUCCUGUUAUAAGGGGCUUAAGAAGUUUCGAGAAAUCGGGGCCAAUAAUGAUAUCAAUUGAUCAAUACUCGUAAUGGGCUCCCUACGGUGGGUCUAUGAAUAAGGGUAAGCAAUUAAAAGUUAAUCGAGUUAUUUAGUGGUUGCAGUGUGUUCAAAAUCCAUAUUCAAGUUACAUUGCGGUGAUGACUGUAUUGCUAAGGCUUUAAGUUGGAGAAUGUAAACAAGUGGUUCCCAUAGCGACUAUAACACUAUUUUUAUUCAAUCAGAAUAGUAAAUGGUUAUAUCGGGGAGCAGUAACUUUACAUUCUUCUAGUUUUAAAGCACGAGCGGCACUUACAUCCAACCAAUACAGAUUAGGAUACAACCUACAUGUUUAGCCAAAUAAAUUGCUGAUAGGCAGUCAUUGAGUAGUAGACGUAAUCAUUAAGAAUUUCAACUUCCGCGCGUGUUUAAAGAUCAGCCUACUGCCACUCAUCAGAUACACGCUCUCUGUGUCAGAUUUUGCGUUGACAAUGUGUCAGCCAAUGAGGUUGUAUUCUAAGUCAGGUAGAUCACAUAAAGUGCAUUCUUAAUGAUUAAGAAGGAUUCGUUUGCUACGCUCACUCUGCCCAUUCUUAAUCAUUAAGAAUUCACUUCAUGUCAUCUACCUAAUACUUAAAAUAACUUGGAAUAAAUUUGAGAUCUAGCUUGACUUUCAUUUCAUGUUGAUAUCGUAUUUAAAGUUACGAAACCAAGGUGGAUAUCAGAAUGUUAGAUCUACAAUCGUUGGAGGAGAAAUACAUUUCAUAAUGCGUUCAUGUAUCUUAAAUGAGAACCAUUUAAUCAAAUCAUAUUCUUUGUUGCGUGAGAGAUGGACCCCAAAUGUAAUAUUUAAGAUGCAAUGUUGGUAGAUGCCAUAAAAGCAUGUUUUUAUACCAUAACGGAUAUAAGUAUAUCAAUUUUAAUGCCGUUUGUGUAAAAACAUAGUGAGAAUUUUUGUGAGCGCAAAUAUCUAGUUGUUUUUUUCGCUGUCCAUUUUCUGGCAAAUGCCGAGAAGUUGCGAUUGCCACUAUGUAUGUAAAUGUAUGUACACAUGACGUGUCAGAAUAAUACCAUUACCAAAGGUUGACCAAUGUUAUGUGUUCGUCAAUGUAUCGUCUAAACGCACGCUAUAGAGUAUAGUAUUCUGAUGAGUUUACAUAAUAAAGUUACAGUGGAACCCCAUUGGCUCGAAUUCGCUUGGCUCGAAUUCCUCGUUGGCUCGAAAUGGAUAUAAAGGACCAAUCUCUAUAUACUGAAGGUAACCAUUUCCGCUUGGCUCGAAUUUUUCGAGGCUCGAGGUAUUUUCGCCGGUCCUUGGGAGUUCGAGCCAACGAGGUUUAACUGUAUACGUCAUGAAUUUCCUGGGAAACGGGGAUUCUAAUAGGUGUGUCUUCGUCUAUAUAGAAGGGACAUUGCACUUCAUAAAAGAAAUUCAUUUAUACAUGUACGUAUAUAUGCCGACACAAUUUUACUCGUAUCUGUAUUGGAAAUGACCUUGGGUAUUUUUCUCAUAAGUACAUGGUAUUUAAUCUCUGAUAGAGCAUCUUUUAGCUUAUGUUAAGCUGACAUGACUGAAAAAGAUUGGCAUAUAAUUUUAGCGUUAUAAAGACUAUGACUGUAUAUGAAACACUGUACAAUAUUUUUUAUGUAAUUCUUAAUUUCCAGUAUACGUUCAAAUCAAUGCAGAAUCAUAUUACGAUUAAUGUAUUAAUCGUGAUGGGAAUUAUGACAUGAUUCCAACGCACCUGCGUACUGUUCAUUGUAUCUGUUCCUACAUGAUCGACAUUAUUCAAUGUGUGAUGUAUUUCACAGGUGACAAUGUAAGGUACAAACUAUAUCUCAUAUAACAAUGCAAUACUCAUAACGUGUGUUCUUUUAAGAAUAAAGUAUAACAUACCUACAUUGUUCUUAUGUGUUAAUGUCUGCAUUUCCCCCAACUGAACCAUUUUUUUCAAUAGACAUUUGAAUUUUCUUAUGAGCAAUGAUUUAGAAUGCAAACAUUGCAAUUUAAUAAGUACAACAUG